CCAAUUCGUCAGACUGUCAUAUUAAUUGCCUGUUAUUGUUUUUCACACAAUUAUUAAUUUUCUUCAAAUUUAUUUAUAAGGUAAUAAAACAGUUUAGUAUAAUGUCUGUUACGAAAGGUAAAGAUAACAAACCCGAGCCUAUCGCUUAUAGCGAAGCAGCGUUAAGGAACAAUGCAGUUGUAGUAGAAUACUGUAGAACAUCCAUGGCAGCUUUAUCAGGAUCCACUGCAGGUGUCCUUGGUUUAACAGGAUUAUAUGGAUUCGCCUUCUAUGUUUUUGCUGUGGUUAGCUUAUGGGUCAUGUUUAUGUUGAAGACUGGACCAAAUUGGCAUAAAUAUUACAUAUCCAGGCAAAGUUUGCUCACAAAUGGAUUCUUUGGUGCACUCUUCACUUAUGUACUCUUCUGGACAUUUAUUUAUGGAAUGGUUCAUGUAUAUUAAGCACAAAUAGGUAUAAAAUAUUAGGUAUUAAUAAUUAUUUGAAAUUGUUAAUUGAUGGUAUUUGUUGAGAUAUGUAUGUUGACAUGGUAUUUAAAAUACACAUAUGGGCACUGUAAACUGAUUUUAAAUAAAAUGCUAAUCUAAAACAGUAAAGACAAAUAGAAAUAUAUAAAUUUGAGUUCUUUUUCACUAUAGAAUAUGUUUUAUAUAAUAGUUAUAUGCAUAUGGCUUUUCUGCAGAUUAGGUAUAUUUCCAAUGAAGGAUCUGCCUUUCCUUUCUUUUAAUAGGUACAUUAUUUUUAAUGAAAAUUUAUCAUUGUUAUCACAUUUUUACAUUUAAAACAUUACCUAGUAUUGUGCUAUUAUAGCAAUAGUACAUUUUAUGUCCGCUAGAUGGCAUUGUAUAUAGGAAUUCAAGUGGAAUACUGAAAAUGUAAUGCAGAAUGAUAAAGAAAUUUUGUAAACCGAAGAAUCUUAUUUACAAAAACUGUUUAAGUUAAAAAUAUAUUAAACCAUGCUUUUUACACACAUACAUGUGUUCACAAGAAAUUAAAAUAUAAAAAGAAUACCAAUAUAAGAUAUACCGAAACAGACCAAUAUACUGAUGAUAGGUUUGAGGUCUCUAAUGUUUUUUUUUUUUUUAUUUUCUGUUUUCGGACUGUUGAUUAUAUGGUCAAGUAGUCUUAGAUAGGUGAUUUAUGACAGUUUUACCAAAUCUGAUUGUUAAAAUAAGUUUUUAUUUUAUGGCCUCAAAGAAUAAUAAAAUUCUUUGAACAUUUAAAAUGUAAAAAAUCCUUGAUUUAAAAUGGUUUUGUUUACUAAUUCUUUUAUCAUUAUUUGUAAAUUAAAUUGAUAUACAUAUUUCAGAGUAUCUUGUAUUUUAGAAACCUUAAUGGAUUCCCUCAUAUACUGGGCUUUUUUAAUUCCCUUGCUACAUGUGUAUAAAAGUACUAAGCAUUUAUUGUUAUAAGUCAACUGUUAUUUAUAUAUAAUAUAAUUAUACUAUAUAA